AUGACACAGCAAGGUGAUAUUACCAACUGUUUCACAGGCAAGGCCUCUGUCCCGAGUGGCUCUGCUCCGCCUCCGUCUUCAUCGGCCGGGCCAGAUCGCAGAACCUCUGCAACUUCACAACGCCCCAAGGGCACCGAGAGCAAACCAGCUCUAAAAAAGAGAUCACACACAGGCGCUGUGGUCCCAAAACCAAAGAAACAGCGUACAAGUCAAGACAUCAGGUCUUUUAUGGGUGCCAGCAUUCAUCAAGGGCAAACGACGCCGCCCACGCCUCAAGACGUGGAGACUACGGAGGAGGCUGAAAUUGAGCCCAAUCCUGAAAGUAAGGAUCGGACAGCCACCAAGAUUGAAGAAAAGUUUGCUGCCUUGGUUGUCGACGGUGCUCUACAAACUCAGAGAUCAGGCGACGACGAGAAUGAGGUCCCUGAAGAACAGGUGGACACGAACACCUCCGCGAGAGACGAAACGACGACUCGCACAAGUAUUUGCUCCUCAGCUGGAGCCACAAAAGAUGACAAUUGGAGUGAAGCACUCCUUUCGGCAUUUGAACUCGCAAGCCACGAAGACAGUCUCAGACAAUUCUUCUGGCAAUGUCAAACAGACAUUGAAUGGCGCGGCAGCAGGGAUCCGACCUGCUUACCGGAGCUUCUCACGUCGGAAAACCAAUGGGUUUCUGUUGAUAAAGCCCUGGAUGUGGAAUGGGCUGCCUUCUGCGAUAAGAUUUCGGCGUUGUCAGAGGGUCAUGUGCAGCCAGCCACAAUGACCAAGCCCAGCGGACGGCGAGCAUCCGUCUUGACAGUCAAUUGGCACUAUCCGACAUGGCGCACACGCAAAGCCCAUUUCGGGUGCGUACUUGAUAGUACCAACCCGUCCAUGCGUGCCCAGUCGAAAAGGUACUUUCUGAUGGACUCCGUCCGUACCCAAAACAGGGUGCCACUGCGCGAGCCAUUCGUCAAUAGUGGCGUCAAAUGGGCGCAAACAUAUGCCAAUUGGCCGGAGAUUGAAGAGGCAUGUCUGCAGCUCAACCGAUGGCUGAACCAGUCUUCAAAGGUUAUUCUCACCGUGGGCAAAGAGAAUUUCGACUCUCUAGAGGGGAUUGUCGAUACAAGAGGACUUGAAGUCAUCGAGAUCAAGUCAAAGAACCUACAGGGCCCGUUGGUUUUCGGCAGCCGUCCCUCGUUCAAAAUUUUGAAGUGCCAGGAGACUCAGAUCAUUCGUCAUGUGGUCUUUGCCUCACACCACAGCCAGCACUUUUAUUAUCCCCUGGUCCAAGACAACGUACGUGCUUUCCAUGACUUGCUCUGGAAUGGCGUUGCGGAACUGGCAGGCUUGCAGCCUGACCAAAAUCACAUGGCGUACUUCACUCGACAAGGCCGUUGUAAAACCAACUCCCCCCACUUUCAAUGGAAAGGGAGUCUGCUUGACGUGGCCUUGAACCUCCGUCACGUUGAGAAAACGUCAGGUGUGCUGAUGUCGGAGAACGUUGUCCGGAAGAUUUUUGCCUCCGUGAUCAACAAAAACCCGCAAUGGGGGGGGAUGAAGGACGAAACGGGCAGUUUCUUGAAAUUCAUUAUCAAAGAAUGGAGUCGAAAAGCUGCAGAAGUUCGCAAAGAUCCCGAGUGGAGAAAAACUGUCGCAUAUGAGGCUAUGUACAACAGCCACAUGGACAAUCUGACUCGGCCGAAAGACCCCGAGAAGACGAAGGUGGCGACACUGAAGCGGGCAGCAAAGCGCGAAUCACCAGAGUGGCAGGCAUCUGCAGUCGCAAAAAAGGCUGAGAUCGCACGGCAACGAGGUUCCCAGUUGCCUCGUGGCAAGGAUAGUCAAAAGAUUGCUGCAAUAAAGAGGACCAAGCAAUAUAAUGACUUGGUGGCAAUGACAGAAGAUCAGGCCAAGGCUAAAUGGGGUCCCCAAGCGAAGCUAGCUCGGGAGAAGGCUCUUGACUUGGACAACCUCGCCCAGAACAAAGCCCGGUGGCGAAGUUGGCAAAGAUCCCACGUAGUGUGGUGGGCUGAGUACCAGCAUGGUCUUCAUUAUGAAGGAGACCGGAGCGAAGGGCGUGAUGCGUUCGACCACGCUGGAGAAGAGCAUCCGCAACUCCGACUUGUUGGCAUCUUCACACAGGAGGAGAAGGACGGUUUUGUCCACGAUGACGGCCUCACUGAGGAGGACCGGGCGGCCAUCGACGAGAAGGUUGAGGCCGUUGUUCCUGUUGACUGCGAGUUGUAA